AUGGCCACUGGUCCCAAUCCUAUUGUCCCUGUUCAAGCUCCUGUUCAAGUGCCCGUUCAAGCCCCAGAUCAAGUCCCUGUACCAGUCGCACCUGCAUCUACCCCUGGCCAAAGAUCUGAUAAAAUCCCGGACCCCUCGAAAUUCGAUGGAAUCCGUUCAGCUCUCCGUCCCUUUAUUACUCAGCUCCGCCUCAAGAUGAUCGGUAAUGCUGACCGCUUUACCUCUACCCAACAGCAACUGGUAUACGCGAUCAACCUUUUGUCCGGAGGUGCCCUCGGCCAGGUUAUGCCCGUGGUUAAUGGGGCAAGAAUGUAA